AUGUCGACAUUAGACAACCCGGCGCAAUCUUCCGGCAUCUGGGGGCCAGUGACGGCAGUCAUCAACUUCUGCGAGGAUGAUUACCAGGUGACCUCGUACAUCGCAGAAUUCAUCAAUACCCUCACCAAUAUCGGAUAUGUUUACUAUGGACUUUGCGGUCUUACAGUCAACUGGCGACGGAAGCCCUUUGCAGACUUCAACUGCCAGUAUCUGGCGUUGAUCUUUGUCGGGAUCGGCUCUGGCGCAUACCAUAUGUCGAUGAAGCGGUCUAUGGAAGCCGUCGACCAGAUGUCCAUGCUAAUCGGCGCGGCGAUUGUUCUCCAUCGCGUCGUUACCUUUGACCGUUCACGCGGGCGAGUCCCGCUGGGAAUCGGCCUGACUGUGGUCCUGGCGGUUGUCUUUUGGAUCCAGCAAACCCUGGCAAUGCCAAUUAUCCAUUUCGCCACAUUUGCAGGCCUGUUGCUCGUUAUCUUUCUCCGGGUGCUGGGUCUCAUUCGUAGUACCGUCAAGGAUGAAGAUGCCAGGAAGCAACUGCGAAGCCUGGCUCUCUGGGGAUACAUCACAUUCUCUCUCGGAUUCAUCUUCUGGAUGAUCGACGUGCACUGUUGCUCGAAGCUGAAGACUGUCCGGUCCCAGGUCGGUCUUCCCUGGGCGUGGGUUUUUGAAUUCCAUGGAUGGUGGCAUUUGUUUACCGGAGCGGGGGUCUAUCUGUACAUGGUGCUGGUCGAAUAUCUCCAUCUCAACAGUAUGCAAGACGGCUAUGUGUUUGAAACCGCCUGGCCUGCUAUCCUGAGGACUCCUGUCGUUCAGAGAGAUAAGAGAAGGGAAUAAAUGAUAGUCAGAUUUUUGAUAAUAUUCUUCGCAGACAUAGUAGUUUGGCGGCGAGAGUAGGAACAGAUCCAUUCACUUCUACAAGCUUAUCGAUCGAACUCUCAGUUUAAAGAAUUACCCGUGCUCAGACCUGUUCUGUCGUACAAUGUAUUCCGUACAUUCCCCGCAGACAAGAUCAUCUAUUCUGCACGCUGCACAGACUCGGAGACGGGCACCGACAUAUGAUCGAUCCCAGCACCUCGCCCAUACCAUGUCAAUGGUAAGUAAGAGCUCGUCAUCUUUGAAUCUGUUC